AUGUCGAGAACCGUUCUGAUCACCGGUGCGACCGGCAAGCAAGGAGGAAGUCUCGUCGCGGCUCUUCUCAAAGCAAAGGCGGACUUUGAGGUUCUUGCCGUCACGCGUGAUGCAUCUUCUGGUGGAGCGCACAAGCUCCAGGCAAAGUCCCCGAACAUCAAACUAGUCGAAGGCAAUCUAGAUGAGCCCGAGAGGAUCUUCGACAAUGCGCACAAGGUCACUUCGCAUCCUAUCUGGGGUGUUUUUAGUGUCCAGGUUCCUGUCGCUGGUGGGUCAAACCAGGAAGCCGAAGAGAGACAGGGCAAGGCUCUUGUCGACGCAGCUCUCAAGAACAAUGUCAAGCACUUCGUCUACUCAUCCGUUGAUCGCGGUGGCGACUCUUCUUUUGACAGUUCCACGCCUAUCCCUCAUUUCAUCAGCAAGCACAAGAUCGAACAUCAUCUGGUCGAAAAGGCCAAGGGCAGUGGAAUGACUUGGACCAUUCUACGCCCUGUUGCAUUUCUCGAGAACUUCACCCCUGAUUUCUUCGGCAAGGUCUUCGCCACCUGCUGGAAGAACACAGUCAAGGAAAAGCCGCUCCAACUAAUCUCGGUCGGCGACAUCGGCUUCUUCGGGGCGCAGGCCUUCAUGUACCCGAACCAGUACCAAAACAGAGGUGUCUCUCUGGCUGGUGAUGAGCUCACUUACGAUGAGAUGGCCAAGAUCUUCAUGAGUAAAACUGGAAAAUCUGUCCCAAUGACGUUUGGCUUUGUUGGCAAGGGCCUGAUGGCAGUUAUGAAGGACUUCGGCUACAUGUUCCAGUGGUUCUAUGAUAUGGGGUAUGGAGCGGAUAUUUCGGAGCUGAGAAAGGUGCAUCCUGAGUUGAAGGAUUUCGGUACUUGGCUUGAGAAGGAUAGCGGCUUUAGUACAAAAUAG